AUGGACCGAGACAGCCAGGAGCUUAAAAUGCGCCAAGAUACUGCCGUCAUUGAAACCGUUGCCUUUUCCGUCGGAGAAGUAAGACGCGUCCUCAGUCAAAUAAAACCAGACAAGUCACCUGGACCCGACGUAAUUCCUGGUCUGAUACUUAAGGAGCUAUCAAAGGAGCUGGCGAAGCCUCUUUCGACGCUCUUUGAGCUGUCAAUGAGAACAGGAAGGCUGCCAUCACAGUGGAAGACAGCUAACCUCGUUCCCUUACGUAAAGGCGGUAGCAGGAUGGCAGCAAGCUGUUUCAGGCCUAUUAGCCUAACCUGCCUCUCGUGCAAAACGAUGGAAGCUCUAGUAAAGAGUGCCAUACAGCAAUUUUGUGAAGAAAAUAACCUCUUGCAGGAUUUCCAGCAUGGCUUCCGGAGAGGACGUUCUUGCCUCUCAAAUCUGCUAGCUUGUCUGGAGAUCUGGACCAGGGCCCUAGAAGAGGGUUUUGAAGUUGAUGUCGUGUACAUCGAUUUUCGCAAAGCCUUCGAUACUGUCCCGCACCAACGCCUUCUUCAAAAAUUGAGCGCCAUCGGCAUCCGGGGAGAUCUUCUGAACUGGAUAGGGGCGUUUCUGGUUGGUCGGAAACAACGUGUUUGCAUCGGUGAUGAUAUGUCAGAAUGGGUGAGCGUGACCAGUGGUGUGCCUCAAGGCUCAGUUCUGGGACCAUUGCUAUUCCUCCUUUAUGUUAAUGACAGCCUUCAGGAACUCGACUGUGGCAAAAUAAUGUUUGCUGACGACGUUAAGCUCUGGCAAGUCAUUAAGAGUCCUAACGACCAGAGAUCCCUCCAAAACAAUCUUCAUCGACUGCAAGCGUGGUCGGAGAAAUGGCUUCUAGACUUCAAUGUGCAAAAGUGUGCCGUCCUCCAUCUGCGUCCAACUAACUCUCAUUCAAAUCAGAGCCUGAGGACAUAUCAUCUGAAAGAUAUAAGACUCCCCGCAGAAUCUUCACAGAAGGGUCUCGGGGUUUGGAUACAGAACAAUUUGAAACCAACAUUGCAGUGCCACAAGGCUGCAAAAAACGCAAUGGGGGUGCUGCAUGCAAUCAAAAGGGCGUUCGUUACCUUUGACCAAGACCUUUUUGGGAGAGUUUACGGCACGUUCGUUCGGCCCCACUUAGAAUAUGGCAUACAAGCAUGGCGGCCAUGGCUUGUAAAGGACAAAGCAUGCCUCGAACGGGUGCAACGUAGGACAACAAAGAUGGUAAACGGUCUAAAAAACCAAUCCUACACGGACAGACUGAAUUGCCUUAAUCUAUUCCCUCUGUGUUACAGGCAGCAAAGAGGUGAUCUAAUCCUGGUUUACAAGAUAAUAAAUGGCCUUGAGCAUGGAAUUAACUUUGAGGACAUUUUUCAGUGGCACCUUUCACCCAAUCUUCGUGGCCACUCGAUGAAGCUACGGACAACAAUGUCCAGGCUGAAUCUUCGUUCUGAAUUUUUCACGCAGAGGGUAGUGGAGAAAUGGAACGAUCUCCCUCAGUCAGUCGUGGAGGCGACAUCCCUGCAACUCUUCAAGAAACGCUUGGAUGAUUAUUUGUGUCCCCUGUUUUCCCUCGACAGUCUGAAUCUGAGCUAAACACCCCGGUUCCCCACAUAUUUUUUCUCUGUGGCAAUGCUACUCAAAUGAAUCAAGUACUAUGUAUAUAGCGAACAUUUUCAUUGUUAAUGUACAGUUAUUUCUAACGAGUUGACAUGUUAUCAAUAGGGUUUUCAAAGGCUCUGCCUAUCAUCCUUAUCAAAUAAACUGAAAUAAACUGAAAUACUACUGUUCAAAUUUCAGCAACGCUUGUUUUUAUAUUUUAUUAUUGUCCUAGACUCAUCGCAAGCGAAUACUGACAUUCACUGGCUGCUACAGAUAACUGAAAUCGUACCAAAUUGUCUUUAACACAGUUGUGCGUGCACUGGCUACUGUACAGCGUACUCGGUAGUGCCAUUGUCUCCAACACUUGCCAUAAUUCACUUAUUUGCAUUGUUUCGAUAGUUCUUCCGUGGCCGUUUUGUGUUUUCGUUCACAACUUUUUGAUACACUUCCCAUCCUCGUAACAGGGAGGGAACUCAAAGCUGCAGCACUUAUAUGUCCCUUAAGUAAACUGGACUGAAAUGAAGGUGGCCAUGACAUCACAGACCUAUCAUAGUUAGCAACUUCCACAUUCAUCGUUGAGGAUCGUAUCUGGUAGAAUAAUAAGUUGUUCACCCAUCGUGAGUCGUUAAUUUCCGCAAUUUCAUCACCGGUGCCGUUUAGGAGUGUGACAAUUUUGCUUACUGAUACUGUCAUUGGAGGCGGUGUUCACCCACCCGCUCCCCGUGUAGCUAACUACUCUAGCCACUCGAAGUUUCAGCGUCAAAUGUGAGGGGGGAGAUCCUUGUGUCUGCUAAUGAACCAUACUUCCUGCGCGUCCAGCACCCUCAUCUCUGCCUGCCCCUAUUGAUGGUUUCAAGGGAUAAUACGAAACGCCAGUCGAAUGAAGUUCUUGUUCCCGUGAUCGCACCUCAACGUUUUUGACAUUUAUGUCGCCUUCAAUCCGUUUUUCCCUUGUCCCUGACAGACGGCAUCUACGGUUUUUCCGGCUGCCACGACUGCCGACGCCAGAAAAGGCAGAUAUCUCCUGCCGGGUUGCCGGUCCUUGGCUGCAUCUGCUCAGUCGACCUUCUGGAUGCCUCCUUUCCCUCUUCUUCUCCCUGUCAGCGCGGUCCACUGUGGUCCGUUGCUGGCCCGCCCCCUUUCCCCGCUACCCUCCGCGACCCAUCCCCCCUCUGUUGGACCCGAUGAGAGACACGUUGCCUCCACCCGCAUUGGAUCUCGGCAUCGAGAGGAACGCCUCUCAGAUACAGCGAGCCUUCUGCUGGCGAGAGACGAGCAUUGA